AUGCUGGAGCAGGUUCUGUCAUUCGGCCGCUCCCUGGUGCGCAGGAAAGUGGUCGACAUGAGCAAUCUGGAGGACUCAAAGCUGUGCCGCUGCCUUGGAACCGUCGACCUCAUCGCCCUGGGAGUUGGCAGCACUCUGGGCGCGGGCGUCUAUGUCCUGGCUGGUGAGGUGGCCAAGGGCGACUCAGGCCCCAGCAUUGUCAUCUCCUUCUUAAUCGCUGCCCUUGCAUCCGUCAUGGCAGGCCUGUGUUAUGCUGAGUUUGGCGCACGCGUCCCCAAGACCGGCUCUGCUUACCUUUAUAGCUAUGUGACUGUCGGGGAGAUCUGGGCCUUCAUCACAGGCUGGAACCUCAUUCUCUCCUAUGUGAUUGGUACCUCCUCAGUUGCCAGGGCUUGGAGUGGUACAUUUGAUGACAUGAUAGGAGGGCACAUCGAGAUAUUCUGUAAGACUUACUUCAGCAUGAACUCUCCUGGUUUGGCUCAGUACCCUGACUUCUUUGCCGUCUGCCUGAUACUGCUGCUUUCUGGACUGCUGUCGUUUGGGGUGAAGGAGUCAGCCUGGGUCAAUAAAGUCUUCACUUCAAUCAACGUGCUCGUACUCUUGUUCGUCAUCAUCUCCGGCUUUGUCAAAGGAGACACGAGCAACUGGAAGAUAACUGAAGAAUCCCUUAUAAAUUUCACCAUAGUUACAAGGAACUUGUCGGUGACGGCCAAUGUGACCAGCGAUUAUGGAGUUGGAGGAUUUAUGCCCUUCGGCUUCAGUGGGACCUUAGCUGGAGCUGCCACCUGCUUUUACGCUUUUGUUGGAUUUGACUGCAUUGCAACGACAGGCGAGGAGGUGAAGAACCCUCAGAAAGCCAUUCCCAUCGGCAUCGUGGUGUCGCUGACCGUGUGUUUUCUGGCGUACUUUGGUGUGUCGGCUGCGCUCACACUGAUGAUGCCCUACUACCUGCUGGAUGAGAAGAGCCCUCUGCCCAUGGCCUUUGAAUAUGUGGGCUGGGGCCCUGCCAAAUACGUGGUCGCUGCAGGUUCACUGUGUGCCCUCUCCACCAGUCUGCUGGGCUCCAUUUUCCCCAUGCCUCGUGUAAUCUAUGCUAUGGCACAGGAUGGGGUGCUUUUCAAAGUCUUAGCCCGAAUCAAUCCAAAGACGAAGACCCCACUUAUUGCCACUAUGACAUCCGGUGUAGUUGCAGCCAUUAUGGCUUUCCUGUUUGACCUCAAAGCGCUGGUUGACAUGAUGUCCAUUGGAACUCUGCUGGCCUACUCGCUGGUUGCUGUGUGUGUACUGAUUCUCAGGUACCAGCCAGAUGGAGCCCUGGAGCGGCGAGCAGGCACCGGCGAGAGGGACUACUUGUCCUCUGAGGAGGGUGAGUCGGACCUGACAGAGUCGGAGUCCCACCUUAACAUGCUGAAGGGUGGCAGCUCCACCAUGCAGGCUAUCCUGCACCCUCCUGUCUCACCCUCUGAGCAUUCCUCCAGCGUGGUCAACAUGUCCGUCUGUGUGCUCGUGCUGGUAGUGUGCGUGAUGAGCUAUCUCACCACGUACCACAUCUACGCCAUCCUUGGUGUGGAAGUGUGGAUCCUGGCGUUGCUGUUCGUGUGUCUCCUCAUCUUCAGCGGCUGCGUCUUCAUGGUCUGCAGGCAGCCUCAGACUAGCAAGAAGGUCUCCUUCAUGGUUCCCCUUCUGCCCUUUCUACCAAUUGUGAGCAUAUUUGUCAAUAUUUACCUCAUGGUUCAGCUGAGUGGAGAUACCUGGAUACGUUUCUCUGCAUGGAUGGCUGUGGGCUUCCUGAUCUAUUUUGGUUACGGCAUGUGGCACAGUGUGGAGCGCCAGCACAAACUCCAGGGUCCUUUAAACAGCAGCAGCAACCAGGAGCACAACAAGGCCGGCGGGGAGAAGCAGGCUGCAGCAGCAAAGGACCAGGAUAGUUUCAUUUGCCCAGAAAAGACCAGCCAGUGUUAAAAGUGAAAGACUCUGUGAGGCGACAGAUGCAUAAAAGCACAUAGCAGCUCUGCCUUGAUGCACCUGUUCAUACAGCUCCACCAUGUGUGCCUCAGUCACAAGCACAUUCAGCCUGCGAAGGCAGCGGCAGUACUCUGUAUCAGCGGCCGCUUGAUGGGGAGCUGCUCCAUCACUGUGAUGGAAACACAUCCUGUAGGUCACAUUGCGCUUUAUGGACAGCAUGAUGGCAGAAAUUAAAGGACAGGUAACACACUGGAGAGUGAUGUUCAUUCCCUUUAACACUGAAGCAGUCAAUGUAGGACUGCAGCAGCGCUUCUCUCUUUCUUUAUGGACUUUUUAGUGCACGACACACAGUGUGUCUUUUUAUUUUUAUCUUUACAUUUGAAGUAUACAGAAGCCCUGAGAGGCAAGUGAGGAAAACUAAAUUCUGGUGAUCCACUACCCCGUGUUCUAUAUAGGACUAAAAGCAUUCAGGUUAUCAGAAUCAGAAAUCCUGUAUUAGUCCCACAACAGGGACGUUUACCUUGUUACAGCUAAAGAACAAGAAAGUAAAGUGAAGUUAUUUGAGUUUUCAUUUCUCCAUGCACCAUGCAACACAAAGUACAUAUAUUAUGUAUAUUAUAUAUUAUGUUAUUAUGUAAGAAUCAAGAGAAAGAAUGAUUCAUUUAAAUGAAAUUACUUGUCCAAUCAGCAAUAAUUAUAUGUUGUAUAUCAUGGCAAACAAAGAGAAGAGUCUAACAUUAAAAAAGGAAAGGGAAAACACAUGUGAGAGGCAUAACUAUGCAGUCACAAGUACAAACACAUUUAAACCCAGAACCUUUUUCACAGAUGAAAACAAUAACAAUAAGGAACUAUUUAGAAAAUUAAUCACCAGAUUUCUUUUUUUUUCUCACUUGCCUUCCAGGGCUUCCGUAUCCGUAGGUUUGUACACGGGGUCUUUAAAUGUAAAGUCUUGGAAAUCUGUGUUAGCCGCUUAUUGAUCCAGAGAAUUAUUAGAUUUUGAUACGCCAAUUGUGUACUACUAUUAAAAGUAAUGUUAGUUUGUGUUAGAAGCACUCGAUCUUCUUUGACAUUAGUGUAGGACGCUGAAAAAGGACCAACAUUAGGUUAAAGAUAUGCUGUCAAUUAUAAAGUUGAAUUAUAUUUUAGAACUAUUUUGUGCAUAAUUGUUUUAUAUGCAUGUGAAAUUGCGAUAUAUAUAUAUGUAUAAAAAGAUCAGAAAGACACUGCCAAAUUUAGACAAAUGUACAAAAUGUCAAAUAGUUUUUUAGGCACUUAACAUAUUUUGACUCGGCUCAUGGAAGUACCGGUGCAGCUUGGUGUUACGUAACAGAUCAUAUCUUUGCUGUAGCGUUGUUGAGGUGUGUGUAGCUGUCGUGGCGGCUUUAUUCAGCACAGGUUUACUUUUUUAUUUUUGCUUGGGUGUGUUUUUAUCUAAGAAGUGUUACAAUCUGAAUGUGAAGGUUGUUAUUUGAUACAGAAUUCUACUUAAGUGUUUUUAGUCACUAAGAUUAUGGCACGCUGUAUUUUCCUGUUUGUUUGAUAUUUUGUGCUUUUUUUAUAAAGACAUGUUAUAACCUUCAUGAAACGUACCCUCUUAAUCAGACUUUGCCACAUAACAAAGCACAACAAAUAAUUACAAGUUGAAGUAUUACUGUAUAUAAAAACGGGUGUGCCUUGCCACAUCAUUUCGAUGCAUCGUCCCAGGUUGUUUCUCUUGUGUCUUACUUCAAAGCCUGCAGCAUGCGUUGCUUUAUAACCGGUUUUGAAGAGAUUUCUUUUGUGCUGAACUGUAUAAAGUGCUUACAUUCUUCCUUCUGGGCUUUCAGGGGCCGUCCUGUUUUUCUUGUACUUUGAAUUGUAAGGCUCAGUGAGCUCUAGUUAACAGUAGGAACAUGUUUGCUGUACCAUCAGUGUUUUACACUAGUUCUACACUUUUUUAAAAGGUCAGACACUGAGGCUGUCGGAUGUUUGUCCAGUGGGUUGUGUGUGCAGUGCUUAAAUGAAUGUGGAACAAAUUCAGAAGCUGGUCUCAGCAGGAGUAAUGUGACUAAACUGAACCUCUACAUGAAGCGUGUGGAGUCUUCCAGUGAGGUUAAAGUACAUAGAAGUAGCCAUGAUGUCAUCAUGUAGUUUCACUUGUUACCAACUGCACAGACAAGUACAAUAAAUGUAUU